AUGUCUUGGGGAGGGUUUAAAAAAGCAAUAAAUAGAGCUGGAGCAUCAGUAACAGUUAAAAAUGUUGAUAAAACAAUGGAUAAAGAUUUUGAUAUAGAAGAAAGAAGAUUUAAAACUUUAAAAACAGCAGGAGAUAAAUUACAAAAAUCAUCAAAAUCAUAUUUAGAUAAUAUAAGAGCUGUUACAAAAUCUCAAGUUACAAUUAGUGAAAUUGUAAGUAAUUUAUAUGAAGAAUCAAAACAAGGUUCAUCAGCAUAUUCAACAGUUGGAACAUAUUAUAAACAAUGUGUACAAGAAUUUGAUGAAGAAACAGUAAAACAAUUAGAUGGACCAUUUAGAGAAACAGUAUUAGAUCCAAUAAGUAAAUUUGCUCAUUAUUUUAUUGAAAUUGAAGAAGCUUUAAAAAAAAGAAAUCAUAAAAAAUUAGAUUAUGAACAAUGUAAAUCAAAAGUUCGUAGAUUAAUUGAUAAACCUUCAAAAGAUGCAACAAAAUUACCAAAAGCUGAAAAAGAAUUAUCAUUAGCAAAAGAAAUAUAUGAAGAAUUAAAUGAUCAAUUAAAAAAUGAAUUACCUCAAUUAAUAAGUUUAAGAGUUCCAUUUUAUGAUCCAUCAUUUGAAAGUUUAGUUAAAAUUCAAUUAAGAUUUUGUACUGAAGGUUAUUCAAGAUUAGCUCAAAUUCAACAAUAUUUAGAUCCAAAUAGUAGAGAUGAUUAUGCUAAUGGAUUAUUAGAUGGUAAAAUUGAUGAAUUAUUAGGACAAAUGCAAACUUUAAGUAUAACUUCAUUAGGUGUUAAAUAG